AUGGCAACCCCAAGCGAGACACCAGGGCUCUGCCCGGAUUGGGUGCUGGCGACCGGCUCUAACGUGCAACACAUCAAUGAUUUCGAGAGCCACGGUGUGGUUCUCGUAUUCCCAACCGUAGACUGCAAGGCAAUUAUUUGCAUCGAUAAGCCUCGGCUCGAGGGGCACCAGAUCUUCGGGAUCCUGUUGGCUGUGGUCAGCGUCGGCUUUCCUAAUAGCUGCGGUCGGUCUGCGGUCGGUGUUGGCACCGCCAUGAUUAGGAAGGAAUUGGGCGACCCGGCCGAGAUGGCCGCGGCAACCCUGUGCCCGGAGAUCCACCCAAUGACCCAAUCUUAGCCCCUAUUCCAAAAAGAUUUACCCAGCCAUACACGCCCAAUCGUUUACCAACAAUCCCAUGUCCUUAGCUGGCUACUCUCUCCCUGCUAAACCCAUAAUAACAAUGGGAAUAAAGCAACCGGCAUCUGGUACGCACCGCCACGAGCUUCUGGGCGCGUCUUCUAGGCGCUCAACCCAGCAAUGGGAGCCACCGGUAGCUACGGCCCGAUCUCUGGUUGAUUUGAGCUUGCCAAAAAGACCUGGCGGCGAACCCGCCAGAAUCGAGGCGAGCCUUUCUGAUGGCAUGACCGGAAAGCACAAACGGCCUAGCGUUUC